AUGAUAACGCCGCCCCAAGACCAAAUAUUUGCCUUGGACUUUGAGGCAACAACAAUGAAUCGAAAUGAGAUGGACAAGGCGCAGGCGUUGACGGUUCAAAUCUUCCUUCUCCUCGGGAGUGCCAUAAUCUGCAUAGCCGCGCGAUCCUUCAUACGAUUCCGGCAGUGUGGCUGGAAGAACCUUGGCCUUGAGGAUGUCCUUGCUGUUGCAGGAGUGAUUUUCUUUGUUCCCAACGUUGUUUUGGCGUACCUUAUGAAUACUACGACACACUGGAUCGGCAAUCAGACUACCUUGAAAACCGAUUUCAUUGGGACACAACCGAACAGCAAUGAAUACCAUUUGAUGGAACUUGGAUCAAAGCUCUACUUAUACAAUUGGCUUUCUUACUCUACAGCACUGUGGACAUUGAAAGCAGCCUUUCUCGCAUACGUCAUUCGUCAAACGGCUGAAUCUGGCCGGCGACAGACUCAACAGAUGUCUGGCUUCGGCUUUUUGCUUGUAACAUGGGUGGCAACGACGCUAGCCUUCUCACAAAGCUGCCGGCCGCUGUCUAAUAUGUGGCAAGCAUACCCGGAUCCAGGGCGUUACUGCCAACCUGCUACUUCGCCGGUGCUGGUAUGGGUAUACUUUGGCUUUGAUACGAUAACGACUCUCUACUUGGCGAUGGCGGCUAUGCCUCUCACCCUGAAACGAGGCAAGACUAUGCAGGAAACACUGCAGUGGCUUACAACGCUUUUGUGCUGGCUCAUUAUCACAGUAGCCGCACUCACUCGAGCAAUUACCCUAGUAUCGAAUCGUAAUCCAGGUGCUGAGCGAACGGCAGAAACAUUGGCUAUCUGGCAACUUUUUAUCUUAAUUUCCACCGUUGGGUUGACUGAGUGCUUUUACCAUCCGCAAGGGCCAUUUUCUUAUCCAAGCCUGAAGGAUAUCGAAGAUGCUCGCUUCAAUGACUUCAUCUACUUGUCUCGAUUCUCAGCGAGGCAGCACAGUCUUGCUGAAUCGGAAGCGACCAUUGUUGUCGAUCCCAGCGAGGCGGACAUGUACAAGAAGGAUGUAGAGGUAUUGGUCCAAGAGGUUGCGCCAGAGGGGCGCCGAAAUUCGGGAAUUGAACGCAAGAUUGAAGUAUCAGUGCUUCAAGAAAGCUUCAUCGUUGCUCCGGAGGGCCCAUGCGAUAUCUGCGGGAACUAUACAAGAAGUUGGGCAAACGACGAGGACGCAAACAAGCCAGAACAGCGAAGUUAUUACUUUGGAAGUGAUAUUCAUUUCCACGUGCCGCGUUAUGGUCGCAAGACCAGCGACACAAACGAGACGACGAUUUAA